CCACUUCUCUGGGCGUUCCUUCCGGAUCGUUAGCGCGCACCGCUCCUCAUUCUCGCGCCUUAUCUUCUCCCCCUCUCCCCUCACUGCGUAUUAAUGCUCUACCGUAGCGCUCCGCGGUCGCCAUGCAGAACAACUACAAGGAGCACCUCUAUAAGAUCCUGGUAAUAGGGGACCUGGGGGUGGGGAAGACUAGCAUCAUCAAGCGCUAUGUUCACCAGAACUUCAGCCCCAACUACCGGGCCACGAUAGGAGUGGACUUCGCCCUGAAGGUCCUUAACUGGGACCAAGAGACUGUUCGGCUACAGUUAUGGGACAUAGCAGGUCAGGAGCGUUUUGGGAACAUGACGAGGGUCUACUACCGUGAAGCCAUGGGGGCGUUCAUCGUUUUUGACAUGACGCGGCCGUCCUCCUUCGAGGCUGUCACCAAGUGGAAGGAGGACCUGGACUCUAAACUCACACUGGCCAAUGGGAAAAAUGUGGCCGCUGUGCUAUUGGCUAAUAAGUGCGACCAGGGGCGGGACGUGCUGACCAACAACGGGAUCCAGAUGGAGAAGUUCUGUCAGGAGAAUGGCUUUGUGGGAUGGUACGAGACCUCUGCCAAGGAGAAUAUGAAUAUAGAUGAAGCAGCUAACUGUCUGGUGAAGCACAUCAUCGCCAACGAGAAUGAUAUCCUCCAAUCAGAAGUCCCUGACACCGUCUCUCCGCAAUUAAACUCUGUCAGGGGUGGGACCUGCUCGUCCUGUUUCAAAUCAUAGAACACCACCACCACCACUACCCACCACCAUCACUACACACCACCAUCACUACACACCACCACCAUCACUACACACCACCACCAUCACUACACACCACCACCAUCACUACACACCACCACCAUCACUACACACCACCACCAUCACUACACACCACCACCAUCACUACACACCACCAUCACUACACACCACCACCAUCACUACACACCACCACCAUCACUACACACCACCAC